GAGAAACAAGAAUUUUUUUUAUUAGAAGGCAUAGUCUUUGUUAACAAGUUUUUUCCUUUGUAAUUAUUAAUUAAUAUUAAUAAUAUAUCAUUUGAAACAUUAAAGAGCGAACAAGUUAUUCUAUGACUUUUAAAGGUUAUUGUGUUUGUGUAUAAACAUUGAAAUUUACCUAUUCCGCCGUCGCUGUGUGAGCGAGUAACGAUUUGCCUAUACCAUAUUGUUGGUUGCCAAAGUGUAUUGGGUAGAGCGGAAUAGCAGAUACAUUUGUUGAAGGACGUUUCCCAUUUUUACAUUAUUCGGUCUUGUCGAGUGCUGGCGCUUAAUAUUUACUGCAUUAGUGCUUUUAAUGUGGUCGUCGCAGAUGCUUUUGACCAAACAUUUGCAACAUACAAUUUGCACACUGUUAUGAGUGUUUAUUUAGUAUUACUGUAAAAGGUAAUGUUUCAAAGGCAGUUAGACCACAAAUAUUAAAGAAAGUAUAAUAAACUUUGUGAGUUGCAUCGAAAAGGAAUACAUACAUAUACCGUACUUUGUUCUAUGCGAUUCUUGCCCGCGCUUUUAUUACAUUUUUAAAUAUUUCGUGCGUGAGCAUAGGAAGUAGUUAAGCUGGAUAACAACAUGGGCAGUUCGGAUGACCGCGUUUACGCGGCGGAGCGUAUAAUACAGAAACGCGUUAGGAAGGGUGUACUAGAGUAUCGAGUAAAGUGGAAAGGUUGGAAUCAACGCUACAACACAUGGGAGCCAGAAGUGAAUAUUCUUGAUCGAAGGCUUAUAGAAAUUUACGAACAAAGUAAUAGAUCAUCGAAUACUCCAUCAAAGCGAGGUGGUAAGCGCAAAGAAAAAGCUCAAGAUCCUGAACCUGAAUCUGAGGAGGAUGAAUAUAUCUUCACCGGCGAUGAUGUAGAUACAAAUCAGGCUUCUACAUCAGCCGCGGCAGCGGCAUUAUCAAACAGUAAUCACCACUCUUAUCAUCAUGAAAAAGAAAAGGAUAAAAAACGCGAGCACAAUCAUCAUCACCAUCAUCACCACUCAGCAAAAUCUGAACGGAAUCGUUCUCAUUCGCCCCACAUAGACCCGUAUCGAGAUACAGGCGGCCAUAAGAGACAUACGUAUACCUCUGCGUCAGCAUCGGUAUCUGCUGCUGUUGUGGCAGCAUCAGCUGCUUCCAAUUCUGCGCUGAAUUUCAUUCCCGAAGUCGAUUCAAACUCAUCCAGUUCCGAGGACCAGCCGCUGAGUCGAAAAGAAGUGCCAUCUAUGGGUACUAAGCGCAAGGCAGAAGUGUUGAAGGAGUCUGGUAAAAUAGGAGUCACUAUAAAAACAUCACCUGAUGGUCCCCCGCUGCCUAAGCAACAUUGUGUGGGUGCGGUCAAUUUAGACACAGCCACCUCGAUAUCAACACCGCUCAAGUCGGAAACUGAACCGCUUUCACCAGAAACACCAGCUUCGCGACCAGAACAAUCAACUCCCGCAGAGAAAACCACAACAGUACAGCAACAUUACAACGCCACAGCAGCGGCGACUGGGGAUGACGAUGAUUCAUCCUCACAAGCUGAUAGUCAAAUGGAUAACAACAAUUCGGCUGUGCACAAGUCAACGGGCGAUGACGGUGCGCACUCCCCGAAACGUAACGGGCACUCUACAAACCAACAUCAGCAGCAAAGCACUUUGGGGUCACUUUCUCCGAAAGCACUGCCACCACGGUUUUGGUUGCCUAGUAAAUGCAAUAUAUCCGACAAAGUGGUGAUCACCGAUGUCACGGUAAAUUUAGAGACAGUGACCAUACGUGAAUGCAAAACAGAGCGUGGCUUCUUUAGAGAGCGUGAAUUGAAGUCUGGUGGCAUGAAAACAGAAACGGACUCCGCGGCCUAAAAACUCACCAAGCCAGUAAAAAAGUCCUACACAAUUUGUAUACUGCGACUCAGUGUUGCCAGCUGCAAACAGCAAAACUAUAUAACAGUAUGUAAUUACAUAUGAAGAGCAUAUUUUUUAUUUUUUCGCUGGUUAUUUCUUAAUUGAUCAAAAAAGUUGUAGAUAGUGUACCAUAAUUUCUACAUAGUUUAAAUAUAUGUAUAUGUAUAUAUACCAGAA